AUGAAUAAUUCGUCGUCCGAAGUAUCUCCAGAAAAUUUUUCUCUUUUACCCGACGUUCCUAUCCGAUUUCUAGAACAUUCCUACGAAAGCCAAAACGCCUGUUAUUACGAGCUGGAUUUCAUCUUUUGGAUCUUAAAUGGUGUGAUUGGAUUGGCCAUCCUACUCGGUAAUAGUUUCACCGUAGCUGUGUUUUUGUCCACAUCACACAUGAUGGAUAACUACAUGAAUAUCUAUCUGACGAGUCUGAGUUUUGCUGAUAUGUCCAUGGCGUUGUUAGUAGUCCCGGGGUUUGCCGCGUUUUGCAGUGGUUGCUCUUACAAGUUAAGCGAAUAUUGCUGGUUUUUCGGUGGCGCUCGGGACAUUGCCUUUCCCGCAACAGUGCUCAACUUACUCGCCAUUACAUACGACCGACAUUCGGCCGUACUAAGACCCUUGCAUUACGCCUCGACGAUGACCAGACGUAAGGUUUUUACCAUUCUCAUUUUCGUCUGGUUUAUACCACUUGUUGUUUCGUCCGUAAGAAAUGCGUGGCAACAUUCAAUGGAUGAGACUGCGGUGAAACGCUAUGAAACAGUGUAUAAUGCAGUAUUAUCAGUAUUAUUUACAUUUUCACCAAUCCCAAUAUUAUUCUUAGUCAAUAUAAAGCUUAUGAGAGCCAUAAGAAGCCACAGAAGUCGGAUUCAUGCAGAUAUGGUGGAAUCUUUAACUUUAACGAAUGCAUCGGAGAGAGGGCUCUCGGAAGGAAACCGCGUUACUAUUUCCGACACGAAUUCUGUGAGUAAAAGUAUACGGGAGCGAAAUCGCAGGAAUAUAAGUCGGAGGAGAAAGGGAACCAUGUCUUGCGUUUUGAUUGUUUUAAUAUUUAUUAUUUCCUGGCUUCCAAGAGCUUUCUUCAACUUUUGCAGCCUUUUCGGUCGAAGCGAUUUAGCUAGUCCUCUGCUAAGGAAACUGUCUUUGUUCUUCAUUUUCUGCCAAUCCUCUGUCAACCCGAUCAUCUACUCCUUUUUUAGAAACGACUUCCGUCAAGCGGCAAGAAGGUUAAUUAAAAGGAUUGCCUGAACAGUUUUAACAAAAAGACUAAUUUCAGUUUUUCUAACACUUUGGUGUAAAAAGGUUUACUUAUGCUAAGAAAUCGGAUGUGGUGUUUUGUUCGUUAAACGGCGAGGAGAACUUCUUCAUUGAUUCCGAACUCAGUUUAUGUACAAUAUCUUACUUCUGUGUAGAGAAAACCUCUGGAUUAGCCCUUCUGACAACCUCAAAAGAGAUUGACAUCUACAUUUUUAUGACGUAUAUUCCUAUUGGGAAUCAGUUUCCCAAUAACUUUUGGGAAUUUUUCGUUUGUUUACACUGCAAUAGCUUUAUUAUUUACAUUUCAAGCAACACUUGCGAAUUUUUUUGUGAUGUUAAAAUAAACCACCUUUAUUUCCGUCUAUUUACGUUUCGGAUUCGGCAUCGCGGAAGCGUUAUAACAAUUUUGAGAGAAUUAAUUACCCAGGCUAGGUUCCUUGGAAGGUGUGAAUGAAGCCAAUUUUAAGAUCAAGAAGUCCUUUUAAGUAAAACCUCGUACCUAAAAGUUCCAACAACUCAAAAACUUUUCGGUGGUAUUCCUUGCGAGUUGUUAUAAAUUAUGUAAUUAACUACGUCAUAAUACGCGCAAGAUGUAUUCUGAAGUUCUACAACAAUAAAGAGCAGUGUGUUGAAUCAGAUGAUCGGUCGUUACAAUAGUUGUAACAUUGGUGCCGAGACUAGAAUUCAGUACAAUGACUGAAGAAAUUAGGAAAAUGAAGUCAAUCCGGGCCGCGUACAAAGGACACUGUUCACAACAUUUUUAAAAGGGCCGAAAAACUGAUAAUAUCAGAGACCCCAGACCAAACAAAAUUGGAAGCACUGGUGGACAGACUUACACGAAGAGGUAUAGAAAUAACACGGAUGGAUACAAAAAUUGCGAUGUCAUUGGAGACAGACGAAGAAAUCCAAACAGACACGGAAUCAGCCUUAUCGUUUCAAGACAAUAUAUCAUAUUAGCAAUUCAAAAUCGCACACCUCCAAACAAGAUAUACCGGUUAGCCAAUUCCAAUAUAGUGAUUCAAAACAAACACCAACCGCAAGAAUGCAUGUAAAUUUACCCAAGCUAAACAUAAAAUCCUUUGGAGGAUACCCCCUUGAAUGGCUUACAUUCCGGGACAGCUUUAGCGCUAGCGUAGCUAUCGGUAAAAAUCUUCAACUGGGUGAUGUGAAGAAAAUGAAUUAUCUAAACGAAAUGCUUACAGGAGGCGCUGCGCACACUAUCUCUGGACUGCCACUGACUAAAGAAAAUUAUAAAAAGGCAGUUGAUCUAUUAAAGGAGCGCUUUGGAAAGACUCAUUUCAUCAAAGCUUACAUGGAGUCUUUAUCCAAGAUUAAUGCGCCAUCAAGUGAAACAAAAAAUCUGCGAACAUUUUAUGACACUCUCCCGGGCAGAGAAUAUAAAGAGCGAAUAUAAAAGAAUGUAAAAAACUAAUAUAAAGACUGAAGUUAGUGAUAGAAUAUAAAGCUCCACUAUUAUUAACUUUUCGUUUGUAGGGAAACUGGAAAUUUGUUUUCUAUUAUCGUAUUGAGGUUUGUGACUCACCACGAUAAAACAUUCGAGUUGUUUAGUUCGUUAGUGAGCUUUCUUUUCAUAAAAUUGGAAACAGGGACAAGGUAAAUAGUAAGUUAAUAUUAUUAUCUUUUCAUGUUUCUCAAUUUAGUGAGCUUUUUGCGUUGAAAACCUUCGAGUCCGAGCAAAAUUAUGUUAGCAAAUGGCGCCGACAAUUUCGCAAUCACAGUUUUCAAGCACGUAGAAUCUAUUUAGUUAACUUUUAAACAGUCUAGUAAAUUAGGAGUGUAUGGUAGGUAGUAUUUAUAAUCAUAAGGGAAAAACUCUAACAUUAAAAAUGACAACUUUAACAUCGAACCCUGGAAUCAGGCGCCGUUUACAGCUAUUUCGAGAAAGGUUCUCGGAAAAAGUGCACGCGACACUCCCAAAAGGUAUUGUGGGUGGAAAAAAGUUCACUGCGCUUCAAAGAAAUUUGAAAGAAUGGCACGAGAGGCCCCAUUGACGUAUGUUUGGGAGUGCUAAAGGAAAGCAACAAGAGCAGAAUCAACGGCUACGAUGUCACAAACAGUGUAUUGAUCUUAUCCCACAUCACCUUUCGGGAUUGUUGCGUGCACAUUUUUUCAGACAACCUUUCUCGAAAUGGCUCUAUAUGGAGAAAACUUGUCCCCUGUAGAAGGGUCUACCAAAGCUACCCUGGGCGAGUUAACUGUUGUUACACUUACUUGGAAAACGUGGCGAACCGUUUACUUCAGUGAGAGACAAAAAGUUGACUCGGCCAGAAGGCAGACUCGUUCCCAGUCGCUAUUUAUGUGUUUUGGGGGUGCGAGAAGAUUGGGGAUUAGGUUGAGGCGCGCGCGGGGUCUCUUCCCAUGAGACCCCGCGCGCGCCUCAACCUAAUCCCCAAUCUUCUCUCACCCCGAAAAACACUUAAAUAGCGACUGGGGACAAGUCUGGCCAGAAGGAUGACUCCUAGUUGGGCCAACGUUUCUCCAUAUAAACGCUUUGCCUUGCCAAGCCGGCCGGUCAACUUGGUCAAGACAAGGCAAUCAGAGAACUUGUGAGCGCUGUUAUCAGCUCUUGGCUUUGGCCGGGCGGUCAAUUUUUUUUCUCACAUAAACGCUCGUUAAAGCACAGGUAACCCAGGAUCACUAGUUGUGUCACGUUAAACAAAGUCAACCAAAAGCAUCCAUAAUAACAAAUGUUUGGCAGAAAUGCAUAUGCCAUGGUUCGUACAAUCUUGAAAAGGUCUUGAAUUUUACUAGUCGUCUUGAAAAGUCCUUGAAUUCAGUUAAGGUCCUUAAAAAGUACUUGAUUUCUUUAUUAGGUCUUGAAAAGUCCUUCAAAUUCACGCGAAAUUCAUUGCCUUGUCUACGCCAACCACACUUUUCUGUAAAAUAAGAUUAUUUUCCCAAGGAAAAUUUGGCUCAUCCUCUGUGUAAGAACCUGUAAAACUCACGGGUAACGUGUGCAUGAACGAUAUUUCAUUUCUGUUUCUUUAUUCCAAAUGCUAUUUCUGUACCUCAAAAGCAAUUGCAAGUCAUACCUAGCCAUUUUGCAAAGUGUUGUUGCGGAAAGUAGUAUAAAAUAAUGUGAUCAACGAUGGCCGAAGCAGUAAAAGUGGUAAAUGACUCCAUGACGUGUUUUAGCUGAUAGGGUGAUCAAAGGGGGGUUAAAGAAUACCCAUUUAUUACAUAAAUCUCAAUCUCAAUCCUUCAAAACUGAAUAAUUGAAAUUGAUAAAGAAUUGACAUCGUUGACAAUUAAAGUUGUGUCGUCCGCAGAUUAGAAAUCUUAGAUUCUUUGUUUCCGGGGAGGUUUAUAACAUAGCAAGGCCUGUCCCGUCUCAUGAUGCUAAAAUUUCAACCACCGCUAGUGCGAAAAGCAAGGGGCUCAAGGCAAAACCUUGGAGGACUUUCCUUGGUCGCCAAUUGAGUAAACGAAAAUUUCAUAAAUUUUUUGGUUAAGCCUUCCUCCCCCGGAAAUAAAUUAUUCUCAAAAGAUUGAAGCGUGGUAAGCAGCACGCCAAUAGAAAAGUCAAGUUUCCAAUAGUUUUGUUGUCAUGGAACCGUGUUUGCUGACUUGUAGAAAUUCUGGACGUGAGUAAGUCUUGUUAAUUGGGUUAACGUUUGCUAUUUUUUUUCUACAUUUAGUUUUAAGCUUAAAAUAAGUUAAUUAAUUCUUUAAUAAUAAUAAUAAAUAAUAAUGAAUAAUUUAUAAAUUAAUUUUCUGUAUGAAAAUUGGAAAGGAUCUCUUUGGUUUCUCGCCUUUUUCGAUCCAGCAAACUGUGGAUCUAAAAACAGCCUCUUCUUCCCAUUGCAUUCAGAAUUGCCUCUCAAAUUAUGAAUUCGUGAAUUUUAUAUGAUUUUUUAUUCAUUUUGCUCUAUUUUAUCAGCAUAUGCGCUUUAUUUGAAUGGCUUAAAGAGCGUCUUACUCACGAGGCCAGCACCUACGCAAAUUUAUUGCAACAAAAUAAAGCGUUUACAUAACAGGGGCGUGGCGCCCAUAUACGCACAUUCGCCCUUGCGUACUGCUGAAAUCUGGAUUUAUUGUUAUUAUCUGAUCUGGAAUUUUUUUAUCUGGAUUUAAUAUUAUUAUUAUUAUUGAUAUUAUCUCUUCUGUCACAGUCUUUGCUGGUGUUCUUUUUGUGCAUCAGCCGGGCGCAAACCAUGCACCUGGAGCAUCAGUCACUCAAGUCAACCAUACUGUUCAUACACUAAGCACCUUCCUGAGGAUUCGUGCAGAUCCCAGCAUGCAGAUCUUUUGGGUCUCUAUCACAGUAUAUCUUUGAUUCUUUCUCGAUGUUUUCUACCAACCCUUCUUUACUGUAACAAGACCACCACCAACCACAGGGAUCACUUCGGUUUUCUUCUGCCACAUUCUCUAUAUUUCUAGGUCUAGGUCUUUGCACUUGCUUUUCUUUUCGAUUUCCCUCAGUGCGAGGUUUCUAUCUGAUGGAAUAGUCAUGCCAAUCAGUUUGUAGGUGGAUUAUUAUCAAUAUUAUUUUAUUUAUUUAUUAUUUUGCCACACACGUUGAAUUACAAGCAGAAUAAAAACGUUAAUAAAUAGGUUAAUUACAUUAAAUUUAAAAUUUGUACGUCACUUGGGAGGAGUGACUGUGGCGGGGAAAUCUCCGAGAAGCCGAGCUAACGAGGAAUAGAGAUUUCCCCCCACGGGCAAUUUAAAUACUAGGCGGCAUUUAAGAAAUAACGAAAAAAGUCGUUUAUUUAAGUAUAUAAGUGUGUUUAGAGGAAAAUAUAGAUAUAAGGUGUUAGGGUACUUAGGUUGCAUUCUGUCUGACCUAUUUCACUAGUUUAAGGGGCAUUUGGACAUCGUCUUCCUCAAAAUUUCCACGUUUUGAAUCAGAGUACGUCUUUGAGCGUGUUGCCGUCUUUGAGCGUGUUGCCGCCAUUAUUAUCACUAUUAUUAUUAUUAUUAUUAUUAUUAUUAUUAUUAUUAUUACUAUUAUUAUUAUUAUUAUUAUUAUUAUUAUUAUUAUUAUUGUUCCUGUAAGCAUUUUUAUCAUUAACUCACGAUGACUGAUAAAUUUUUAGUAUGAUGUUGGUGUCUGUGUUAGUAUUUCCUUUCUCCUUUUAUCAUUCUAUAAACGGACGGCAAGAAACAUUAUGGUGGUUUGAAAAACAAAAAAUAUUCCCUUCCCUGCCACCUCACAGUGUCAGCCUCACCAGUCCCCAGUGUACCUUACGGAUAACAAUAGAGAUGGCUAAAAUAAACAACUAAGUACUGCAUUUUUCUUAGUAUUUAUUCACUGAAAAUUUCUCGCAGAAAACGCAGAAAAAUGGCAUUUCCGAGUCCAUAAAUUUAGAAUCGCCCUCGGCGCCUUAACUUUUCCCGUGCGUACACAUUCAAAAUCUAACGCUACACCACUGCAUAAGAGAAGCCAGCUGAGAAGCGUUCAACUCCCACGAGAUUAUUUUGGAACACAAACGAGGCCGCAGUUUCCAUGACGUCGUGUGAAAACGCUGUAUACUGAUAUAUCUCGAUCAAUAGAUAACUCCUUUUAAACUAAUACUCCUGUAGGUUAUUGAUAAUUAUGAUUGUAAAUUUGUUCUUUGUUCGCUACUGUCAGGGAUGUUGUUACCUUCGGAAGAGUAAUCUGAAAUGUCGGCCGUCUUCACGCCCUAACCCCUGGGGGGCGCGGGGAAGGAACUUUCCACCCCCCCUCCCCCAGGGGUUAGGGAGUGAAGACGGCUGGCAUUUCAGACUAUUUUGAGAUUUAUUAGUUUACAUCAAUUUUGGAUUGUAGCUACCCUUGUAAAUAGAACCCUUGUUUCAAACAUUUAGAGCUUCUCUUUGAAUCAGCUUGCUUCAGGGGAUGAACUGCCACAACGUGCAAUGUAUCUGACAAGUUCACUAGAAUAUCGCAGAAAACAUCAAAAAAAUCUCCCGCUCGUGCUUCGCGCUUGAGAACCUUUUGAGCUCGGCUUUAGGUUCUUUUUACAAGAGUGUUUUCACACACGUAGCCAGCGCCUAUGCAAAUUUAUAGGAACAAAAGAAAGCGUUUGCAUAAGUAAAGAUUUUAACUCCCACACAUUCUCCCACACUGGUUCGGAACAACAACAUGGCCGCCGUGACGUCAUGUGAAAACUCUCUAUAAGUUGUCAUAGCUUUUAUUCGGCACGAGGAUGGUCCAGUGACUUCCCCAUCAAGCCAGCGGGUCUUAAAUGAAAACGGAAACUUGAUUGAAAUCGAAACCUUCUGGGCAGAAUUUUUAUUUCAUUUUAUUUUGCCACACACUACAAAAGAAAUAAUGAAGAAAAGAAUAGCGAGAAGGCCUAGGGGAAUCUGUGUAGUUUACGUUAGGUGGGCCUUCUCAGUUAUAGAUGGUUUUCACAGUGACGUCAUCAAAUUGUAAAGUCAAAAUAGCUAGGUUUUACGGAUUCUUAUUUGUACUACGUUGAAGAUAAACAAAAAAUAAAUCUUUGUACAAGUUUCCAUUCCCGAAGCAUGUUUCAUUUCGAAAAUGGAGCAAUUUGAACUUCCAGGUUUUCACUGUGCGUGACACCAAAAUAGAAAUGCUUUCUCGUUGAAAAAAAGUCUCUUUUCUUCAUUUUCAGCAUUAUAACCAUUUCAAGUUUUAGAAGAUAUGUUUAUGCGCACGUAUUCUAGUUCUCGAGUGAAAAAAAAGAGCUAUAGAAAAAGUGAAUUCCAGAUGUUUUUGUUGAUUUCCGGCGGCCAUAUUGGUGCACCAAAAUGGUGCACCAAUAUGGUGUCUCCAUACAAAGCUCUACAAGGGUGCGUGAAACGUUUCGGCAAAUAACUCGGAAACUGUGGGUCACAAAGACCUGAGACUUGGACAAAUUGUUUAUAAAUUAGUCUUUUAUAACAUUUCAUUUUCUUGGCUUCUUCUACUGGACGGUUUCCAAUUUAUUUGUUCGUUGGGUGACAGUGAAAACGAUCUAUAAUUUUACAAGGUGAAAUUAAAUAAUGGCGACAGCAGAGGACGCGUUGGCGAUAUCGGUGUUUAAGGUGUUGUAAAAUUUAGGUCCUUGAUAAAAAAAAGAGAGAAAGAAAAGAAAAGUGUUUGAUAAGAGUUCGACACAAAGGCAAUUUAGUGAUUGUAAACCAUGAAAUUUUAAAAUACCAAUAUUUUUAAAGAUUGGAUCAGUAGGUGCAUCGAAAUGGGCUUUAACUGAAAUAGCUCUAACCUGGCCAUUCUUGUAACUGAAAAACAUUCGGUGGCACGGGUGUAGGCGAGAUUUCCUUUCCAAAAGCUCUCCGUUAGAUGGGCGCGCAAGCAGAAAAGAAAGCAAGCACAGUUCUUAAAAAAAAUAGGCGAAACCCUAAGGCUUUGGCUGUUCUUUAUCCUUGGUAUUCGUGUUCGCUUUUCCUUUACAUCACAGGUUUGCAUUGAACGUGUUUUUAACCAGUGACGACAAUAGUGAGAAGUGUGACGUUAAGUUACCAUGGUAGCAAAACUUUUGGAUCACAACAAAAGGGAGCUUAGGCAACAAAGACGGAAAACGGCAAAAAGAGCAAUAAGUUUAUAUUAGUAAAACAACAACUUUUUUGCAUACAUUUUAGCCAUCCUUGCACGACUACGACAUGAAACUUCCUAUUUCCACGCGCCCGCUUUAUGGAGUAGGUGAACUAGACCCAAAAAGUUUGUUUUUUCUUUUUCUAAACUCAGAUACGGUCCUUUCGAAUUCAAUCCAGAAAAUGUCGCCAACAUUCGACAAAUUAAAUGAAAUUGAAUAAGAUCGAUGAGGUUUGAAAAAGUACGAAUUUACUUUUUAAGUGAAUUUUCGGUUUGUUGUCAUCCAAAAAUUUUGCUACCAUGACAACGUGACGUAACGACUUCUCCUCUCUAUCAAGACAAAAGGUUGUGAAAAUUAAUGAAGUACAGUCGAACCUUCCGUAGGCGAUCACCCAAAAUGCAAAGAGUGAGUGGUCGAUUACGGGAGGUGGUCGUUUACAAGAAUCGAAUCACAGGGGGCAUUUUCCGAGAAGAGGUCUAGGCACAUCUACUUUAUGGAAUAUAAUUUAUUGCUUGCAAUGUCUAAGUUACGACAUGUGUAGUUCCAUGUUGUGACUAAAGUUCUUCGUAUAUUCUAAGUAGCAUAGUGCGCACAGCGAAUAUAGAGAUCAGAGAAGGCAUCAAGUGGCUCCUUCCAAGAGGUUAAAAAAAAUGGAAAAUCAUUAACCGUUAGGCCCCAAAAUGGUCGCGGUCGCUUACAGGAGGUGGUCGUUUACUAGAGGUACCAUUUGUAAGGCUUUGACUGGGAAAAUUUUGGUGUUUUUGGAUAGGCGGUCGCUUAUGGGAAGCAGUCGCUUAUGGGAGUAAGCAGUAUUCUACAACCUCACGUGAACUCUAGAACGCGUGAUCUUGCUAAGGUAAUAUAAGAGUGUCCUGGAUUGGACGGUGAAGCGGUUAAAAGGCGCUUGAUGUUAUGACCUUCUGGUCAGCUGUACCGGCCAAAUGCCGAAUAAACACUACCGCCCAGUAGUUGUUGACUGGAUGGUUUCGUUGUAGAGAGCUAUUUACGUGGUAUUGUUUUUUGUUCUUUUCACUUUGUUUUGGUUUGUAGUCAAACAACAUGUUUAAAAUGGAGCUCGGGUUCUUGCUUACAGCUGGUAACAAAACAACGGAAGUUUUUUCAACAAAACCAUAUUAUUUUACCACCAAAUUUAUCUUUCAUUCUUAAUGCGUCUGUUAUUUGCUUUGCCGUCUCUAUAAGCAACUGAAAGCAGCUUCUAUAAAUUAUGCCAGCGUCCCUUAAUGUUUUAAUUUGGCAGCCCGGUUUUCCUUGAAUGAAAACUCUGGCUAAUUGAUCUUAAACGUACAAACUUAAUUAACUUCCACCGGCUGAUAGAUCUCAGUAGCUGUUCGCCAUUUCUUAGUGAAGUACGAUCGAAUCAGCCCUCGGUACUUGCAAUCUCAGCGAUGUCUGAAGGUUUUGCGAAUAAUUCCUCUUUGAUGCCACUUGGUUUUCUAAGUUUGCCCACGUUUCAGAGCCUUGGAGGUCGUAUCAUCGAUAAAAACUGUAGCAGAGAACUGGAUUUUCUUUUCUGGUUCAUAAACGGAGCCAUUGGAACCAUCAUAGUUAUCGGAAAUUUCCUGACUUGUGCUGCAUUUCUUCGCUUUGAAAACCUCAGACGGAGCUACAUGAAUCUAUUUCUGUUAAGUCUGGCUAUUUGCGAUGCUCUAAUGGCAGUCUUAGUAACCCCUGGGUAUGCUGCAUUCUGUACAGGUUGUGUAUACUCUUUGAGCAAACUUUGCUGGCUCUUUGAAGGUGGUAAAGACAUCUGCUUCUUGAACUCAACUUUCAAUCUUCUCGCCAUCUCUUAUGAUCGAUACAUGGCUAUUUUCCAGCCGCUUAAAUAUCAAACGAAAAUGUCGCUGAGGAAAUUUCGCCUGAUUUUGCUGGCGGUCUGGAUUACACCAGUUUGUCUUGCCUUAAUCCGAAACAUAUGGUCACACUCACAACCUAGCGAUGUAGUGGAGGAAUGGAACAGAAUUUAUUCGUACUGUCUACUUUUUAUUUUUGUUUUUGUCCCAAUUCUUAUCGUCAUCGCCAUCAAUGCCGCAAUUUUCACCGCCAUUAGACGACAGAGGCUAAAAGUAGCAACUUCAUACGGAAAAAUCUACAGAUAUUGGUGGAGACGGAAAUAUCGCUUACACUAUCUUCAGAUACGAAAAGGGACCCUUUCUUGUGCACUAGUGGUUUUAACUUUUGUAGUUUGUUGGCUCCCACGAACAUUCUACUAUCUGUUUUACUUGUUCGAUCGUCCUGAUCUAGUAACGCUACUUCUUCGGAAAUUGUCGGUUACUUUUCUCUUGUUUCAAUCGUCGACGAAUCCCUUUAUUUACUCCUUUUAUAGGAGAGAGUUCCGACAAGCGGUCAAAAUUUUAAUCAAAUGUCAGUGA